UCUGCGGCAAGAGAAAGGUAACCCUAGACUUUCUAUUUUCUGAUUGCAUUGCGUUGUUGUCGAGAAAAGUCAGCAAAAUUAGUGCUUUUCCUGCACAAUUUACCGUUCCGAAGAGCACAAUUUCUAAAGGACUCAGCCUUUGACAAGGAUUCACACAAGAAGCAGCAGCAGCAGUAGCGAGGCAGAAAAUCGAAGAGACCCCGCGAUGGCCGAAGUGGAGAAACCGACGGCGGCCACGCCACCGACCGAUAUUCCCCAGGCCACGCCCCCAACGGCCAGUGACGCUGUCGUAACACCCACCCCGGAUGCCACCGGAGACGUGGAGCCAGGCACCUCGCCCACCCAGGAGCCUAACUCCAAUUCGCAUCCGCAUGAUUCGGAGUACGACACGGCCAGCGACCUGGAGGGCGGCGAGGACUACGACGACGAGAGUGCCAGCGGGAGCGCCAGUGGUAGUGGAAGCGAAGAGGAAGAAUCGGAAACCGAUGACGAGGACGAGGAGGUGGGCAGCGAAACGGAUGACGGCGAGGGGGAGCAGGCAAUGGAUCGCUCUGUCGCCGACAGUGAGGCCCAGAAGAAGGUGGACGAGGACCGCAGCAAUCCUCAGUAUAUCCCCAAACGUGGAACCUUUUACGAGCAUGACGACCGAACGGCGGAAACCGAGGGCGAAGUCUUAAUCGAGCCAGAGAACGGUGCUGGCCAGGCGCCGGCAGAGCCAAAUGGGGAACUCAAUGGCUUGUCGGUAGCUGGAGCCACCCCUACUGGCCAAACUCCACAGAUCUCACAGGCAUCUAAAACUAUGCGUAAGUGGCAACCUGCAUCAGGUGGCGACCGCUGGUCCCACGACCGUUUCGAGGCCACGGAGCAGGCGCCCAAGUCCCGGGCAGAGCUGCUUCAAACGUAUGGCUACGACAUAAGAAAUGAGGAUGCACCGCCUCGAGCCAGACGCCGCCGACGAUAUACACGAGGUCCGAGUAAAUACUCAAGAAACUGGGAGGACGAACAAGCCUACCUCAAAGCGAGUAACAAAGAACGCAAACCGCCACGACCACAAGACUUUCCGGCCCUCAACGAAAGGAAGCCCCGUGGUCCGCGUACUUCUUCCUCGCGGGAGGAAAAGGAAAACCGUCGGUCUGGAGGUGCUGGCGGUUUGGUUGCAGAGAAACAGCAGCCAUUGGCCAGUGGAUCAAAUCCUCACCGAUCCCAAGAGCGGGAACGCGAGCGCGAUAGGGAGCGGGAACGGGAUCGUGAACCCAAGAACCGCAACUUUGGGCGGAUGAAUGGUGGUCCAGGACGUCAGAAUGGCAUGGAGUUUAAGAAGAACAACCGCGGCAUGCAGCCACGAGACCGGGAGAGGGGACCUGACCAAGUGGAUAACCGCAAUCAGAAGCAAACCACUCCACGCUCCAACCAGCAGCAAAUACAACAGCAACCUCAGCACCAACAACAGCCACAACAGCAGCGACAGCCGCCCCAGCAACAGCAGCCUCCACAGACGCCGCUCUCUACAUCUAACCUCUCGCAGCGACUGCAGCAAGUGCAGCAACGUAACGAUCCUAGCCACGUUGGCAGUGUCCAGAUGCACUCUUUGGCCAAUCAAAGUCAGCCGCCACAGCAGCAACAACCAUUGCAUCAGGAACAGCGAAAUGCACCCAAGCGGUACUCUAGUUUGCGUCGUUCCCAGCAGGAGGCAUCACAGCACUUGGCGGAGCAGCAGCAGCAACAACAGAUGCAGCAACAGUUGCAUCUUCAACAACAACAACAACAGCAGCAAUCGCAAAUUAUGAUUCAGGACCCACACAUGCUGAUGCAGAUUGCCUACCAGCAACAGGAGUUGCAAGCCCAACUGCAAAAUAUGCAACUAGGACCACCUACUGCCGCGGGAGCAGUGCCAACGCCACCAAAGCCACUUGCCCCACCGGCAACCGGAUAUCCGCAAGCACAAGCGGCUCCGUACUACGUGACCGGAACGGAGCCUGUGCCCGUGCCUCAAGCUCCAUAUGUGAAUCCGGCCAGUGCCGCCUACUUGCCCACAACUCCGGCUGCUGUGGCCUAUGCCCAGGCGGCGCCAUCAGUAGUUACGCAGCCCACACCGUCGCCUGCCCAGGCUCCGCCUGCAACACAGCCAUCUCAGCCGUAUCAAAACUACAAUACGGUGGGGGGCACCACCUACUUUGUUCCGCCGGCACAAAACGCCAGCCGACCAGCUGCUUUGCCCCAGCGUCGUCCCACCAACGCGAUUCCCAUCCUGCCACCAUCUGAGAAGCACAAGUCCAAAGGCGGCGCCAAGGAGGAAGGCAUCUCAGAUAAUAUCGAUCACAUCAUUGACAACAUGUUCGUGCAGCGACCUUCGGCCUUCCAGGCCACUGGAGAGGGUGCCACACCGGGAGGAGGAUCAAAGGAUGAAGCGUCAGCCACUCCCCCAGCUGCCGAGCAGAACCUUCAACCGGUCCCGGCCACUGGGCAGGAAUGAGUGCAGGCGUACGCCGGCUUGCCGCAACAACAGCAACAAAGACGAGGCCAAAGGAUCGCUCCUUCUCCUUCCUCCGGCUUUUCAAUGCUGCCGCCGCACGCUGGCUACUACCGACCUCCACCCCCGCCGCACUAGUGCGGACGAUUCAGCUCAUCUGAUGUUUUUUUCCCCAUUCUGUCCUCGGGUCUGCGACUCAGAAGUACUGCAUAAAAUGUAGAAACGCAGUAAGAACCAUUUGUAAUUAGCAUUUAGCUCCCAGAUAAUCGAACUUACUAACGAAAAGUUUUCGUAUAUAGAACGAGUAUAUAUAUAUUAAUAUGUAUCCCGGCGCAAGCUCCAUUUAUCUUGUAUGUAGAAUCUAGGGCCAGCUGCGGCGCUCGCUUAUUAAGUCGACAGUGAAAAAGUGUUGAACGUAUUGAAGCGGUUGGACGCUUAGCUUAUUUAGCCGCAUUUUAGAAUUGAAAGAAAAAGAAAAGAAUUACCGAGAGAAAUGUAUUUGCGUAAACUAAUUGAUCAUUGAAUUUAAAUAAACGUUUAACACGAA